CAGACCGCUAUAAAAAUGUUGGCAAAAUCCAGCUUAUCUAUUCAAUACGAGGAAACAAAAAAAAAAAAGACAUUUGAAGUAAACAUUGUUUUAUGCUAGUUGCCUUCAAUCUUCUUGUGCUUCAUCGUCUUGGUCUUGGUGUGUUUGGGCCAUGGCUGUAAUGAAAGGGCAGGUUCUGGUUUUUGUAUUAGCCAUAGCCUUCAUUGGCUGCGUUGUUUCUUAUGAUCGUCCUCCUGCUCGCAAGAACAUUUCCGUUCUUCAAUCAAAGCAAUUUUCCUCAACUUCUCCUCAACAGGUGCAUAUAUCCGCAGUUGGUCCUGAUAAAAUGAGGAUAUCUUGGAUUACCCAAAACUCAGCUCCAUCAGUAGUAGAAUACGGUACAUCAGCAGAGGCGUACACGAAAUCUGCAACUGGAACUUCUUCUUCCUAUCGUUACCUUGUAUAUAAAUCCGGUCAAAUUCAUCACGUAGUCAUCGGUCCCUUGGAUCCCAACACUGUCUAUUACUAUCGUUGCAGCUCUGAUUCAACCCGCCAAUUUAGUCUCAAAACUCCUCCGGCUCAUCUUCCCAUCAAAUUCACCGUUGUUGGUGAUCUUGGACAGACAGGAUGGACAAACUCAACUCUCCAACACAUAGCACAAUCGAAUUACGACAUGUUGUUACUGCCAGGGGACCUAGCGUAUGCUGAUUUUGUACAACCUCUUUGGGAUUCAUUUGGCCGCCUGGUCGAGCCACUGGCUAGCCAAAGACCCUGGAUGGUUACGCAAGGGAACCACGAAGUCGAAAAGAUCCCCAUCAUCCAUUCCACGCCCUUCACUUCCUACAAUGCACGAUGGCGCAUGCCAUUUGAGGAAAGCGGUUCCACUUCCAACUUGUACUUCUCCUUCGAUGUGGCCGGUGUCCACGUUAUCAUGCUCGGCUCUUACACUGAUUUUGAUCCUGACUCGGAUCAAUUCAAGUGGCUGCAAGGUGAUUUGGGGAACAUUGACAGGGGAAAAACCCCAUGGAUCGUUGCGCUAAUCCAUGCACCCUGGUACAAUACCAAUACUGAUCACCAAGGAGAACCUGAAUCAGAUCUCAUGAAGCAACACAUGGAAGUUUUGCUUUAUAAAGCACGGGUGGAUAUUGUUUUUGCUGGCCAUGUUCAUGCUUAUGAACGCUUUACUCGGGUAUACAAUGGACAAGCUGAUAACUGCGGUCCGAUUCACAUCACAAUCGGCGACGGCGGCAACCGUGAAGGUCUAGCUAAAAAGUAUAUGGAUCCGAUAGCCGGAAUAUCAGUAUUCAGGGAAGCAAGCUUCGGGCACGGCCAACUUGAGGUGGUGAAUGCAACGGAUGCAGUGUGGACAUGGCAUAGGAACGAUGAUGAUGUCUCAGUUGUUUCAGAUACAGUUUGGCUCAGAAGCCUUUCCUCGAAUCCUGCUUGUAAAUCUUAACUUCUAAUCCUAUGAUACAAUUGAUUCAUUGAUUAAAAAAAAAAAAAAAACAAAUCUCAGAACCAUAGGAAAAUGCAAUAAUAAAAGAGGAAA